AUGGAUUACAGAAAUCAAACAUUGGUGACUGAAUUUUUGUUCAUUGGAUUAACGAAUCACUUCCCCUACCAGGUUGUUCUCUUCCUGAUAUUUUUCUGUGUUUAUCUUGUCACUCUUCUGGGAAAUGUGGGGAUGGUCUCCCUCAUUUGGAUGGAUUCCCGGCUCCACACCCCCAUGUACUUUUUCCUCAGCCACUUGUCCUUUGUGGAUGUCUGCUCCUCCUCUGUCAUGGGUCCCAAGAUGCUGACUGAUAUCUUUGCAGACAGAAAAGUCAUUUCCUUCUUUGGUUGUGCUGCACAAAUAUAUUUCUUUGGUCAGUUUGUAGUGACUGAAUGCUUCCUCCUGGCUUCCAUGGCCUAUGAUCGGUAUGUAGCCAUUUGCAAUCCCUUGAUGUACAUGCUCAUUAUGUCUCACCGAAUCUGUGUGCAGCUGGUGAUAGGACCUUAUGCUAUGGGUUUUAUAAGCAUGAUGACCCAUUCGACACUCACCUUUGGCCUCCCCUACUGUGAUUCAAACAUCAUCAAUCACUUCUUCUGUGAUCUUCUUCCUGUUCUCUCUCUGGCAUGUGCAGACACCCAGUUAAAUAAAAAGUUACUUUUCUUCUUGGCUGGCGCUCUGGGAGUACUCAGUGGAGGGAUCAUCUUGGUAUCCUACAUCUACAUCAUUGCUGCCAUCCUGAAGGUUGGUUCUGCCGCUGGGCGGCGCAAAGCCUUCUCUACCUGUUCAUCCCACCUGACAACUGUCUCCAUCCUCUAUGGGACACUCUUUUUUAUCUAUGUCCGACCCAGCUCUAGCUUCUCCCUGAACAUCAAUAAAGUGCUGUCAUUGUUCUACACAGCAGUAAUCCCCAUGUUGAACCCGAUUAUCUACAGUCUGAGAAACAAGGAGGUAAAAGAGUCAUUCAGAAGGACAUUGCAAAGGAUGAAGUUUCUUAUAAGUAGAUAA